GCCGUUCAUAGGUGCCCGCCGCUGAUGUGGAACCGCGAGUAGGGAUAGGGAAGAAGACUAGUCUUGCAAGUUUGGAGUUACACCUAGGAGCAUAGGGACAAGACGACGAGAUGGAGCAGGAAAAUCGUCAAGCAAGGCCGGAGGCAAAUGAGGUGCCGAUGUCGGAGGAAGAUCGCAUCAGAAUUCUAAUAGCGAAAUGUUACGAGGAUGUGGUCUUCCCAGAGAACUUACGACAUGGAGAGUUCGUCAUCGAGAAUGGGACCCGUAUCUUCAAAGUCAACACACAAAUUGACAAGUUAACGACGACAUGGCUAAAGGAGAGGACGGUGAUAGUGAUUUUCCAAGGAGAAGCGAGAGACUUGCCGAUGAGAACCAGAGAAGACCUGAUUCGGGCGUAUGAAAAUGGGUGGCAAAGAAAGAAGACAUUCACGAGAGGUUUUAAACGAGGAAGAGUUCAUGGGGAAGGGCCGAAUGUGCUGUCUUAUGUUGCGAAGUCCAGGGAGGUGGCACAAUGGCUAGUGGCGAAGGCGGAUGAUGUGGUGGUAAUUAGAGGGGUUGAAUAUAAGAUGUUGUUUAAAGCAUGGAUGACAAGGGCGGAGCUGGAGGAGCAGAGAAGAAGAGACGACGAGACAAAGUUCUGGGUGGUUGCCCUGAGAGUGCUGCUUCGUGCCAUGUUCCAUGUGGGGGGACCUCAAGAGAUCAUGCCCAAGCUGACGGUUGAUACGCCCGCAGGGAAACGGAUUAAGUUUUUUAUUCCCUUGAUUGAUGCACGGAUCCCGAUGCAGCACUGGGCAGGCCUGCCAUCGGUGGGACUAACCUGUAUUCCCCUCCGGCUGUUGUUAGGCAUUCCAGCAGAUGAGCUCGAUAGUGUUUUAGUGGAGCCAGGGGUCUCAGCUGCCUUUCUCAGAGCUUUAAAUGAGCAUAUGCCGUUGGACCGGAAUCUGCAAUCGGAGUUCAUUCCCGAAAUACUGGCAGGGAAAUGGCAGAGUACCAGCCCAUCUCAGGAGAGGGAAGGUACGGAGCAGGCAGAGCAAGGGCGGAUCCAAGAUGAGAACGCAGCGGUGACCACCAGGGAUGGAGCGAAUUAGAGUAGGAACAUGGAAUGUGAAAGGUUUGGGAGACACAGGGUAAACAGAAAGGGAAGAGGUUGAAGAGGUGGAUCCAGGAGAAAAGUGGACAUCAUGCUACUCCAGGAGACGA